CACGUUCCCCAUCAGACAAGGGUUCUGUGCAACAGCAAACACACUGUGCAAAACAUAUUUCGUAUACAUAUGGACGAAAUUCAGAGAAGGCAAGAAAACAAGGACCAAACAAGCUAAAAGAUUGGACCAUAGUGAAGAAAAGGAUUUGUGAAGCGUGUAUUCUGCAGCAGGAGAUACUCCGGCUGGGCACUAAAGGGAUAAGAGACAAGCAAGGAAAGGACAAAAAGGACACAGAGCGAAAGGAUUUUAUUGGAUUGGUGCAUUCUCUUUGGAUAUCUCUCUUUCCUCCUCCUAGGCCGACAGCAAAGGGGGAGGCCGCCACCAUCGCAGGGAUGAAGUACAACUACCAUGUACCGUCGUACACACGCACUUCACAGUACACACCGUCAUACACACCUAGCUAUCACACUCCCCCACAUUACACAUCAACUACACCACACUACACAUCAGCAUAUUCCUCCGCGGCAAAGUACACCCCAACACAGUACAGCACCACGAAAUAUACCCCGUCACUAUACACGUCCACUUACAAGGCGGCAGCGACGUACAUACCCUCCUACAGCAAAGGGUCACGGUACAGUUCAACACAGCGCACACAAGCACAGGAAAAACCCGCACCUGUGAUACCCGUCGCACCUGCAAAGAGAACUGUGCACUUCCCCAAUGAAAUCAUCUUCCAGGAUAUUGUAAGGCGAGGAGAUAUGGAGCAAAUUGGGCGGUUCAUGAGAGCCAGGAAGGUUCGUGUGGAUACAAUCUUCCACUCCGGUAUGGCAGCAAUUCAUGAAGCCGUGCUAACAGGAAACCUGGAGGUGGUGAAGUUGUUGGUGAAAUAUGGCGCCGAUGUCCAUCAGAGAGACGAAGACGGCUGGACGCCGCUUCACAUAGCCUGCAGUGACGGCUACCCGGAAAUUGCAAGAUAUCUGCUAUUGGCGGGAGCCAGCACAGAGGUGGAGAAUGAAAAUGGAGAGAAGCCUGCGAACCUCAUCGACCCCGACUGCAAAGAGCUGGUCAAACUGUUUGAGACGGGCUGUGUGUGAUUUGGUACGAAAUCAUGGACCCAGCAGAGAGUAGCAAAACAAAGGAGACGGCAAGCUGAAAACAUAUUUAACAGAAUUAAACAGUGCAAUACCAAACAGACUGACAACAGGGUGGAAGAACAUAGCAAGAGUGUCUGAUCCUGAAAAGAAAGAAAGUCAUCCUGCUUUUGUAUUAUUUUUGUAUAAUUUAAGCUUUAAAACAAUACUCGAUUGGGCUGCUUUUCUAUUUAUGGGGGUUUAUUUUGUUUUAUUUUGCUUUUUGGGUGUAUUUGUUACAAUGCUAGUGUUGCAAAUGUUAAUCUGCAAUAAUUGCCUUUCUUUCAGCAUAUCUAAUAAUUUUCUUGAAUUACAUUACUCCUUAUCCUUAUGAGCAUAUCAGUUUAAGUAUUGUAUCAAUUGUGUUCAUGUUACUCUUCAAGUAGCUGGUUGCACUCUGAAGACUGUAUGUUUCCAAACUAUUAUUUUACUGCAUAUUGACUUGAAAACACAGAGAAUGGGCCGAAGGAGUUAUGUAUCCUCACUGCUGGGCAGAGAGAGGAUCAGCUAAAUCAAAAAUUGAUACUUCAUUGAUGGUCAGAAAUAAAUAAAUACACAUCACGUCUAUGCUGUAAAAGCACUUUAACUGCUACGGUAUGUUUCCCUGAUGUAUGGAUAUGGUUUUCUGUAGUAGAAAUAUGAAUGUCAGCAAUUAAAGUCUUAUAAUUUUCUCCUCAAUAAUUGUUUUUGUACAUUUUCAUAAAUAAAGAAAUGUUUUAUAAA